CCGGCCCCGCCGCUUCUCCGCCUCCGGCGUGCGGCGGACAUGGCGGAGCUGGAGCUGGGGCAGCACUGCGGGGUGCCCGACUGCCGCCAGCUCGAUUUUCUUCCCUUUGUAUGUGAUGGCUGUUCAGGUGUCUUUUGCCUUCAGCACAGGAGCCGGGAUGCUCAUGGGUGUUCUGAGGUGAAUAUAAGAAACAGUUCUGUGAAACCUGAUCAGCAUAGAUCUUACCCAUGCUCAUACAAGGACUGCAAUGGAAGGGAGCUUUUGCCAGUGUUAUGUCCUUUCUGUGAGAAACAUUUUUGUCUCAGACAUCGUCACCAAUCAGACCAUGAAUGUGAGAAGCUGGACACACCAAAACCUCGAAUGGCUGCCACCCAGCAGCUUGUUCAACAUAUUAUAGAUUCUAAAAAAAGCGACGAAGUGAAAAGUAAAAAGCGUAAAGGAGCAAAAAACAGCGAGACAGCAGCAAAAGUGGCAUUAAUGAAACUGAAAAUGCAUGCAUGUGGGGACAAGUCCUUGCCUCAGACAGAAAGAAUUUACUUUCAAGUAUUUUUACCAAAAGGGAGCAAAGAGAAAAGCAAACCUAUGUUCUUUUGCAGUAAAUGGAGUAUUGGCAAAGUAGUAGAUUUUGCAGCUUCCUUAGCAAGCCUUAAAAAUGACAACAACAAAUCAACAUCCCAGAAACUGAGAUUAUGCCAUACUGCCUCUGGAGAAGCCUUGCCAUUUGAGCACACACUGGAAACAUGGCUAUCUGAUAAAGACUAUCCACUGUACAAUGGAGGGAAUAUAAUUCUGGAGUAUCUUGAUAAUGAUGUUCUAGUUAUAGAAGAUACAGAAUCCUACUUUAGUUAGUGAAUACAUUUUCACAAACAAAAAAAUCCAGUAUUUUUUAGAAGCAUGGAAUUAAACCAAGUCCAGUUUUCUUUCAAAAUCACUGAUAUGCCAGAAUCUGUCUUCCAUUGUAAAGACACAAUUCCCAUCAAUUUCUCAGUUGCUUGACUGCAGAAGAACUGUGUCCUGAAAGGAAAAUUAUAAUAACUAAUAUUACAGAUAUUCACAUUCUAGAAUAAAUUCUUGCUCUAUUGAACUGUA